AAUACUAGAUAUUAACCAUCUUCUUGUUUCAGUAUUUGCAGAAACUGGGCAUGCCUUCAAAAUGGCAGAUGGUUGAUGUACUUGGGUUGGAUCCAGAGUUGCUACCCUCUGUGCCACGCCCUGCUCUUGCCAUUAUUCUACUGUUUCCUACAUCACCAAAGUAUGAGGAACAUAAGACUCAGCAGGAGGAAGAAGUUAAGGAGAAAGGACAAACUGUUUCUGAAAAUGUAUUUUAUUUGAAACAAGUUGUUGAAAAUGCAUGUGGUACAAUUGCUCUCAUCCACAGUGUUGCAAACAACACUGAUAAGAUCCAGUUGGGUGAUGGCCAUCUGAAACAAUUCUUGGAAGAUGCUCAAGCCCUUAAUCCUGAUGAACGUGGUGAACUCUUGCAGAAGGCAGAUGGAAUAAUUAACACACACAAGCAGCUUGCUUUAGAAGGCCAGACUGAGGCCCCAGACUCCAGCACACCUGUGAAUUACCACUUCGUGGCAUUUAUCCACAAGGAUGGGAGUCUCUAUGAAUUAGAUGGAAGGAAGUCAUUUCCAAUAAACCAUGGACCAACAACUGAGGACUCAUUCUUGGAGGAUGCUGCCAAAGUGUGCCAGCAAUACAUGGCAAGAGAUCCUGAUGAGCUCCAUUUCACAGUAGUGGCACUUACUGCUGCAGAAUAAGUGUUUUGCAGGCUUCUCUAACACUUGCACUAAUAGUGCAGUGAUGUGAUCAUUUUUGUCUUAAGUGUUCUAUUUUUAUUUUUGUGCAAGUAUCUGUCUCAAUAUUUGUCUUUCGAAGUUAAUUUUAUUUGCUGCUGUGUUUAGGGCAGUUCCAAAUAAACGGAAAGUGUAUAGGUUUUCAACUUUGUUGACUAGCUUAAAAAUGCUUCAUGCUAGUUGUGCUCAGAUUAUUAUAAAAUGUUACACCAAAGAUUUUGAAACAAUAAAUGUGAUGUGAAACAUAAUGAUCUACAGCCAACAAUAACUACUUAAUUGCUACUUUAUUAAAAUUAUGGUAUUUCAUAACAUAUCAUAUAUAUAUUCUCUGGAACUUGUUGGCUUGACUGAUUUUUCGUAGUUAACUAGUUUAGCUUUGUUUGGACAUGAAAAAUAUUUUGAUUACAAUAAGUAUUUUAAUGAUACUCUUAUACUAUAUUGCAUUGUAUGCAGAGCAGUGAAGAAAUUGUGCCUAAAGCAUUAAUUGAAAUUAGUAUUUUCCCCUUUUCAGUCAGUUGUUAAUGGACCAAUAGUCUGCUGAUUCAAUAAAUAUUUUCGAAAGAU